AAAGCAACGUGAUUUGACACCCGUAGACUCCCCCGAAACCAACAGCCGAAGUCCCCCUCCCCUCCCUCUACAGCGGCGGCGGCGGCGGUGGAGCAGGAGUUCGAUCCCCACCGACUGCGGCGGCGGCGGCGGCGAGAUGAAGGUCACGGUGAUGACCGCCGACGAGCAGAUUCUCACCGUCGACGUCGACCCUGACGAAUCUGUGGAGAAUUUGAAGGCGCUUCUUGAGGUGGAGACUAGCGUGCCCUUGCGGCAGCAGCAGCUUCACUUCAAUGGCAGUGAGAUACAAAACUCGGAUAAACUUAGCACCGUCGGUGUCCAGGAUGGUGAUCUUGUGAUGAUGGUGAAGGUUACCUCUAAUGAAAGGCCAUCUCAGGAUGUUAUAGGAUUAAAUCCUGAUGGAUCUGCUGUGAAUCCUCAAGCUUUUCGGCAACAUAUUCGAAGCGACUCACAACUUAUGGCGCAACUCCUUCAGAAUGACCCAGGAUUAGCACAGGCUAUUCUUGCUGAUGACAUCAAUGAGUUACAAAAUAACUUAAGGUCACGCCAUCAACAAAGACUACAACUAAAGCGCAAGCAAGAAGAAGAGCUUGCUCUAAUGUAUGCUGAUCCUUUUGAUGUUGAAGCUCAGAAGAAAAUUGAAGCUGCAAUUCGGCAGAAAGGCAUCGAUGAAAACUGGGAGGCUGCCUUAGAGCACAACCCUGAAGCAUUUGCUCGAGUGGUUAUGCUGUAUGUGGACAUGGAAGUCAAUGGUGUACCUUUGAAGGCCUUUGUUGACAGUGGAGCCCAGUCAACUAUCAUAUCGAAAAGUUGUGCUGAACGUUGCGGGUUGCUUAGGCUGCUUGAUCAACGGUACAGAGGGGUUGCUAUUGGAGUUGGCCAAUCAGAGAUUCUUGGUAGAAUACAUGUAGCUCCAAUAAAGAUUGGCCAUGUCUUUUAUCCUUGUUCAUUCACAGUAUUGGAUGCUCCCAAUAUGGAAUUUCUUUUUGGGCUUGAUAUGCUGCGGAAACAUCAGUGCAUAAUUGACUUAAAGGACAAUGUUCUUAGAGUAGGAGGUGGUGAGGUUUCAGUUCCCUUCUUACAAGAGAAAGACAUCCCUUCACAUAUACAUGAUGAAGAUAAAUUGUCGAAGCAAGCAUCUCUCAGCCAAGGAGCUGCUGGAGAAUCGUCAACGGCACGGGAGAAGGCUCCUGAUGCACCACAAAGAGCUCCAACUACAAGUGCUCCAGCUGUGAAUCCUCCCCAGGGAGGAGAUUUUGAAGCUAAAGUCACGAAACUGGUGGAACUUGGGUUCGACCGUGCAUCUGUAGUACAAGCUCUCAAGCUAUUCAACGGGAAUGAGGAGCAGGCUGCUGCUUUCUUGUUUGGUGGUUAGAGAAUCUUGUGAUGAUUUGAGAGGAUUUUUUUUCUUGUUUCUAUUAUUGCUCACAACCCUUUCGAGGGUUAAACAUUUUAUACACAGUGAUCAAGGAGAUAUCGCCCCGUUGGCCUGUGUGAAACUAGAACUACUUCUGUUUGGCCAAUGCAUGCUUGGUUUAUAGCUGAGGAUUCAUAUUUCUCCUUUUCAUAGAAAAAUCAUUCUCUUGCUUUCAGUACCUGAUACAUUCAUACACAUACUGAUAGACUCCUGAAUUCAGACAAUUUGAGAAGAUUAUUUAUGCAUUUCGAUCUCAUUCGUUUCCCAUUG